UGACCUUAUUGGCUGAGUCACGAACUGGGAGGUGUGGUGAAGACGCUGAAACGUUAAACAAACGUCCCGUGCUGUGGGAGAAGCAGGAGCAAGACCGAGGCUCACGCCGAACCUGCUGCCACUCAACACCGAGGUCAAAACUCCUCAGCCAAAAUGUCUGCUGCCAAGCGUGCCAAGGGGAAGACAACGAAGAAGCGCCCCCAGAGGGCGACUUCCAACGUCUUCGCCAUGUUCGACCAGUCCCAGAUCCAAGAAUUCAAAGAGGCUUUCAACAUGAUUGACCAGAACCGUGAUGGCUUCAUUGAUAAGGAGGAUCUUCAUGACAUGCUCGCGUCUCUUGGAAAGAACCCCUCAGACGAGUACCUGGAGGGCAUGAUGAGUGAGGCUCCAGGUCCGAUCAACUUCACCAUGUUCCUCACCAUGUUUGGAGAGCGACUCAACGGCACCGAUCCCGAGGAUGUCAUACGGAACGCCUUCACCUGCUUCGACGAGGAUGGUUCAGGCUUUAUCCAUGAGGACCAACUUCGCGAGCUCCUGACCACCAUGGGCGACCGUUUCACAGACGAGGAGGUCGACGAGCUUUUCCGCGAGGCACCGAUUGACAAGAAAGGAAACUUCAAUUACACAGAGUUCACACGCAUCCUCAAACAUGGUGCCAAAGAGAAGGAUGACAUAUAAAUAAAUAAAAAAAAAACAAAGAAACAAAAAAACAGGAUACAAGAUUUAUUGAGCGUUCAUCUGAAAUCAGGACUGUUCUCAAAAUGCUGAUUAUACGUUGAUGAUCUUACUGUGUCUGCAUAAGUACUCUGGGGGUUGUUUUGCACACUGAUUAAGCCUAAUUUAGCCAGGUUUAAUGUCUGUCUGCAAAACAAUCCCAACCAGCUUCAGGAGGGCUUUAUUCUGUCAUGUUUACUGCAUACCGAUAUCAUUAUUUGUCUAAAGGCAACAAUUUACCCACCUACAGCUGUGGAAUCAGCAUUGUUUUAAAUUUGGCCAUGAACCCAAUCUCUUUCUCUCUCUCUCUCUCUCUCUCUCUCUCUCUCUUUGUUGAACAGAAUAAGAAAAGAUUAUAACUGAAUAAAAUAAUACUGUUUUGCUUUCCACAAAUCUCCCAUUGUUGCUGAGAAUAAGAUCAACGUCUUGUGAUUGAAGUGGCCGGUAUGGUGGAGAUCAGGUCUCUGGUUAACCUAGUGCUUUACAAGGAAUGUUGGUUACCAAUGGUGAUGUUCUAUCUAGGAUAAUAGUAGAGAAAUUCAUAAUCUAAUCCAGGAAUAGAGCAGAAAAGUCGAAGGGCCUUGCUCGAGGGUCCGACAGUGACUCUCUGGAAAUCCAAGGAUCCAACGUCAUGUCAAUUGAACGUCAAGGAAAAUGAAAACAACUACACUACACUCCUUUCUGAAAGGUUAGACAUUUGUUAUAGUUCUUCCACAGAGUCAAAACAAAUUGUAAGGAGUACUAGCUAAUACCAGCUAACAUCGUAUGAAGGAUACCAUUUGUUUCCAAAAUCGUUUCACAAUAAAAAGUCACUGCAACAUUUUGAAUUGUAGGAACAUUAUCACACAGAGUUCCUUAUUGCUGGGGAACUAUGUGUGAGCCAUGCUCAAAUAACCUUUUGUAGCAAACCAUUAUUACAGCAGUUGUUUAAGGAACAUUGUUAUUUUCGGAACGUCAUGCCCUAGCCUUCUUAGAGCCUGGCAAAAACUCAACGUUCUAAUAAUGUUCUCUGGUAGAUAGGUGGAACCUUUUUGAACCUUUCUGAGAGUGUACCACUGCUCUUUAUGCUAUGUGAGUGCAAUAUCCUACAUGCUAUUGCUAUUUGAAGAUGUUGCUUGGUAUAAUUUGAGGUCAUUUUUCUGUGAAGCCCAAAAUUCACAAUGAAAAAUGAAACAGGUUCAACUGUAAACCAAGAAAUCAAUCAGACUAUAUCUCUUUCGAAGCCACAGGUUACGUUACCGAGUAUGCCAAGUAUGUAAACCAAGCCUUGAAAAUGUUAUUGCUUUUCAUGAGAAGGAUUCUCAGUGCUAGCUGUGGUUUGUACGUUUCAUAAAUUCUUCCGGCAUAACUCCCUGUUCAGGACAAUCCGUUCUCGCAUUAAGUCUGUGUAUAUGACCCUACUUUAAUUACCAUUUCUUAGCCCUCUGGCCCUCCUCUGCUGCCUUCCGAUACCGAGCUAGGACUCUUAAAACAAACAAAUCCAUGAUGUCGGCCAAGAUAAGCAGCACAUGCCUUCCUGUACCACCCUGUUUGGGAAAGAAUGAGACCGACUCAAUAUGCCAGCAGCGUCCCAGCCACUCUUCUGAUAAGGAAUAAACACUUCUAUUUUUAUAUAUAUAUA